AUGACAGGAUCAGCUGACACGGUCUCAUCCUUUUUGGCAAACAAUCAUUCCAGGCAUCUUCGCAACACAAAGUACUCCUCUUACAUUGGGGUUGGUGAAAAGGGACAACAAAAUCAACAGAAGAAGCCAUUACGUGGAAUUCCAGUAAUUGUUUUAGAUAGUCUGGUGGACUAUAGAGCAUCACCUUUAAUGGCAAAUAGUUUAAAGGGGCUUCCUAAGACGUUAAUCAUUACAUGUGAAUUUGACAUCUUAAAGGAUGAUGGUCUGUUGUACAGGGCUCGUUUGUUGGAUGCUGGUGUCAAAGUGACCCAUUUAAACUACAUGAGCUACCAUGCCUUUUUGGCAAUUCAAGCAUCACCUUACUUUGUAGCUGAGGAGUUUAAUCAGGCAUUGAGAGAUAUAGUUGACUUUGUGAAAGGAGUGUAAAAAAGUCUAAAAAUAUGCAUAAAUUUGAUUAACAAAACAUUUAAGGCAUUUUUGAAGAAGACUUUGGUUAUGAGAAAUGGUUGUUGUAAAUGUACGCUUCUAAAAAUCUCCAGACUGCUUAGGUAUGCUGACAUACGUACCAUAGAACUUUCAAGAACAUUUCAUCACGUCACGCAGUCAUUACGUAAUAGUACUUAAAUAGUUCUUUUGUAAGCCUCUGGAAUGUUCCAGAACACUUUGUGAAUGUAUAUAAAGACUCGGUUAGGUAGUAGUAGUAGUAUUUAUUGUUGUUGUCAGGGGUGACCGACUGUUUAGAAAGCUAUGAGAGAGAGUAACAGUAGAAGAUUGCUAAUUUCAAGAAACGUUGUGGAAAACCUUGAGUUCGGCUCAGGGGUGAGCUAAGAUAUUGACUGUAGUGGGCUUAAGUAAGUUUGUCGAGCAUAAGUACUGUACUGCCUUCAGUAGUCGCUUGUUAUUAAGAAUAUCAAACACUUGUUUAUUGAAGUUGUUAAGUUUGUAGGAUUGUAGUGUUUUUCUGUCGGUUAGAUUAUAUCCAUUCGUAACACAUUGCAUCCUCUUCGUCUUGAUUCACAUCUUGAACAGGGUAUAAAAAGUAUAAAUGUCUAGUUAAGUUUAUUUAAGCAAACAAUUUUAUGAGUUUUUUUUAAGACAUUGCAUGAUCCUAUCAAUCUUGAUUCAUUCGUUCAAGAGAAACAUUUUUGACACGUUUUGAAAUGUUAAACUUCCGCACAAGAGUAACCCUGGACUAGACUAACUCUCAGGGUCUUAAAAUACUAAACUGGAGGAGAAUGUGCUGAUUUUGCUCUGACAUCUGCAAAUGGUUAGACAUUCUAGUCUUCUCGGAUAAGGACGAAAACUGAUGAUCGGAGAUAGUAAAAGAAGACGCUAAAGAACCCCACACUUCUUUCAAAAGUAGGAAGCCCAGCUCCCAGAGUUGUGAUCUGGCCUUGUAUUCGAAAAAAAAACUUCUAAACUGGGGCACCUGUCAAAAUUCCUUUCAAGUAUUGUAGACUGCUCAAUGCAGUCUGGCCAAAGUCCCUUGCAAAGUAUUGUUAAAAGCGUAAUAGAGCAUAUUCACUUAUAUAGCGAAAUUUUCAUUUUAUGGAAAAUGCGCGAAAGAAAUGCAUCAUUGUUUUAUUCAUUCCAUGUUUGUUUAUCAGCCUGACUGAGUGGCGCUAAAAGCAAGUGACGUUCAGCAGCCGAUUGGCGAGUCAAACACGUGAAAAAAAUAUCGUAAUUUUUCAGAACGUGAGUUGUUAUGGCUUUUCUCAAGGCUGGAAAUCCUUGUAUAACACCGUAGAUUAUAUAAAAAUGCUACUAAACGAUGACAAAACAGAAGUUCUGAUGAUUGGCUUUAAGUAGCAACUGGCAAUCGACAUAAUUACAACUGGAUAAUCUGACUUACUACCUAAGUCUACCAUCAAUGGUAAAGAACCUAGGUGUGUUGCUUGAAUCCACUUUAUCGAUGAAUACACAUGUUAAUAAAAUAUGCUCAACGGCUUUUAAUUAUUUGUAUGAUCUAGGAUGAAUUAGGACAUAUUUAUCAAGAGAGUCCACCGAGACAGUUAUUCGUGAGUUUGUAUUAAGUCAUGUCCAUUAUUGCCAGCUUAUCAGUGAGACAGGGUAAUUUAGAUUUAUCAACUGAGUUGAUAACCUGGACUUUCACUUAACAAAACGAGCACUGUGAUUGGUUGAUGUUUGGUCAUGAGCCCCUGAUCAAAUACAAUUGUAUCCCGACCGGGCUACAAUUGCGCAGUUGUCGCAAGCGCGCCGAAUGUAGCAGCAUGGUUUUGACAUAUGAUUGUUUGAGGGAAAGUCUAAAUAUAUAACAAAGCACUUAAUGUAUGGUCUCACGGGAAACAAGUUAGUUUUGUUUUCCUGAGAGUCCUGAUGUUUCCCGAGAUGAAGUCGAGGGACACAUCAGGACUCUCCGGAAAACAAAACUAGCUAUUUCCAUCGGGACCAUACCUUUAGUGUAUAUUGGCCACCGUUUCAACUCAGCCUGUUGUACUCUCCCACCGACGUAGCACCGCAAUUUCUUUAGAAAGUUACCCCCUUUAACCAUUUAUCAGUAAGAGAAACUACAAAGAGUCCAGAAUGCAGCUGCCAGAUUAAUAUUUCAAAAACUAAGACAUUGUCGAACAACUCCUCUUUUAUGUAGUCUUGACUGGCUGCCAAUUGUUUUUGCAUAGAGUUUUAAAAGAUGUUACUAUUGACGUAUACAAUUCACGGUUGCGCUCCUGAUUACAUUGGGGAGCUUAUAAUCAUUGUUAUUUUAUUAUUAUUGUCAUUAUUAUUAUUAUUAUUAUUAUUAUUAAUUGUUCAUAAAACACAUUGGUACUUGAGUUUGUGCUGUCCUAGUCAAAGGAAGCUUUAGUCGUUGCGUGACAGUAGGAUCAUAUGAUCCAGCUUAAUACGGAAAAAAAAUCUCGCAAAGGGAAAGUGCGCUGUGACAUUCAAAGAAGAUCAUGGCUAACUUUUUCCUUAUUUUCAGUCUAACUGUUGGAAUCUUUUUUGGCAUUAUCGUGGCCUGGUACAAUAGUCAGGAAAUUCCAAAGGGAUUGCCCGACGAUCAGUUGAUGGGUCUACGAGUUUUCGGUACUGGUAUGGAUAUACUCCGCUUUCUGGUAAGGACACUUGCAGCUGUUGAUUACUUGUCGUCGAUAGAAUUAUUAUUGAAUGUUGGAUUAGGUCGGUGGAAUCACUUCGUCGAUUCACAAAAAUUUUUGUUGGACGAUUCACUUUUCUACGCUGGCACGUACUGUCAAGGUAGAGUAACUAAUCAUUGCAGCCACAUUAGAAAUUAUAUGUUCAUCACAAAUUGCGAAAUUAUUUAGUUGACGGAGAAGGAUAAUCGAUCGGGUUGCUAUGACUCUAUGACUCAGAAAAUCCUCCGAUUCUAAACAGGGAACUAAGAAAUAAUUUGGCCCACUUCCACCCCUAAGCUCUAAUUGAAAGCGUCGCGCUUGAUCUAAAGCUUAUUUUAAACUACCGGUAUUCUCUUUUUGCAAGGCGUCUACAGCUUCAGAUAUUGGGAUCGGGGAGUCCGCAAUGGAAAAUACUAAUUUGGGACUUCAAUGGUUAUCAUCGAUGCUCCCUGAAAGUGACGAAUCAGAAAACCUCUUGGAAAUCUGGAAUGACAAGAUAGCCAACAUCCCUGUACGUUUUUAUAAACCAAAAAUUCAUGGCAGCAAAAGAACUACUGGUGUGGUUUACUUUCAUGGCGGUGGAUUUACUCUUGGAAGUGUUGGUAGGUUGUAGGAGUCCUUUAGCUCCAAGAAGUGAUAAACUAACAGUCAUGUAACUUCCCCCAGAAAUAUCCAUCAUUAUCCACCAAAUUAGACAGGUGAUGAAAAUACCCAGACUUAUCAGAUAGAAGCAGUUACCCACAUCUAACACCAAGUUCUUGUAAAUUAUCUAAAAGGAACUGUGUAGCAGCUGGAGGAGAGAAUUAACAAUCAGAUUUUGGGAGUUAACCCUUCAACUCCCAAAAUCAAAUGAUUAAUUCUCCCCUCAAGCUGUUACACAUUUCCUUGUAAAGUAGUAAUGAGAAUUUGGUGCUAGAUUAGGAUAACAACAUCUACCUGAUAAGUUUGAAUAUUCUCACUACCUAUUUGCUGGAUAAUGUGAGGAUAUUAUAGGGAGAAGUUUGAUGUUGAUCACUUCUGGGACUUAAAAGGUUAAAGGGUUGAUAAGAUAAUUUAUCAGUACCUGCUGGUAGCAUCAGGAAACAAAACUCUGGAAUUAGUUUAUUGAGGAAGAAUUAAAGAGAAAGGGGAUUAGAAGCCUGGAAAAAUUGGAAAUGAAAGGGUGGAAGAGAAGAGAGAAAAAGGAUCAAAGAGGGAUUACAUGUGCAGAAACAGGAUUUUGUGAGGGUGGAGGGGGGGAGGCAGACAAGGAACAUGGUAAUGUUUGGAAGCUGGAGCUCUAGACACAACAUAUUGCAAUAAACAUAAAUGAAUAAUUUAGCAACAUGAAAGCUUCUUUUAAUCUCUAAUGUGGGUACCUACAUGAACCCUGGUUUUUUGAUGUUGUUAAAAAUUUGCAUCAGUUAACAAUAAUUUUUUUUUUAUAAACUAUUUCUUCAGAUCAGCAUCAUCCAUUUACUCUGCUGUUAGCUAAAGAGGCAAAUGUUGUACUGGUGUCUGUUGAGUAAGUAUUCUACCAACUGAGUCUGGAUUUCUACUGAUGUAUGGUUGUACAACAUGAUCUACUAACCUUGAAAGCAAGUUCAUGUUUCUUCCUUUCACUUGUAGCAAAUUUUGUUGUGCUCUAUUCAUUUGAUAAUGAAAAUGAAUCCUAAUUUGAGCUCUUUUUCUUGCAAUGACAGGAUAAAUUCAAGAUAAUAAGGCUUACAACUUACCACUGCUCCAUAUGUCUCUAAACUUUUCAGAUACAGAUUAGCACCCAAACACACUUUCCCAACCCAGUUCCAUGACUGUUAUGUUGUUGUUAACACCUUACUGGCCACUGGAGAAAAAUAUGAUAUUGAUACAAACCGUAUUAUUGUUGCUGGAGACAGUGCUGGUGGUAAUCUAGCAGCUGCGGUUGCUCUCAAGCUUCGAGAUGAGGACAAACACCUGGCAGCUGAGGUAACAGAACCUUUAACCAGCCUUUCAAGACCCUAUUGAUUUCUCUUUGCCAAGAAAGAUACCCUAAAAUAAUUUUUUUGCUUAAGUUACGAUGGCAAUCACGAAGACACCAUGGUAACAAAUUUUACUUGUGGUCUUACCAGUGGAAGCAUCCAUUUCUUACAGUACAGAUCUCAACUGGAACUAAGGGUCAAUGAUUGUGUGAUUCUUUUCAACUUUUCUUCUGUUUUGAUUGCAGAUUCUCAUCUACCCUACACUUCAGUUUAUGGACUUUUCACUUCCCUCGUUUGAAAACCAUGACUCUCGACUCUUGUCAUUGGAACAAUUAGCAGAGUACUGGUCAUAUUACAUGACAGGAACACCUAACAUGGUCUCAUCCUUUUUAGCAAACAAUCACUCCAGGCAUCUUCACAACACAAAGUACUCCUCUUACAUUGGGGUUGGUGAUAGGGGACAGCAAAAUAAAAAAAAGAAGCCAUUAGAUGGAAUUCCAGAGGUUGUUUUAAAUGGUCUGGUGGACUAUAGAGCAUCACCUUUAAUGGCUAAUAGUUUAAAGGGGCUUCCCAAGACAUUAAUCAUCACAUGUGAAUUUGAUAUCUUAAAGGAUGAUGGUCUGUUGUACAGGGCUCGUUUGUUGGAUGCUGGUGUCAAAGUGACCCAUUUAAACUACAUGAGCUACCAUCCUUUUUUGGCAGUUCAAGUGUCACCUUAUUUUGUAACAGAGGAAUUUAAUCAGGCGUUGAGAGAUAUAGUUGACUUUGUGAAAGGGGAGUAAAAAAAGUCAAAGUCUGUUUACAAAAAAUGUUAGGACAUCACAUACCAUUUGUUUUGAUUUACAUCUUGAACAAGUAUAACAAAGUAUAAAAGUCUGCUUAAAUUUUUAUUGGCAAAAAAUUCUAAGGGUAUUGUUUGAGAACAAGAACAUUGCUUGAUAUCCCAUAAAUCUUGAUUCAUCCAUCCAAGAGAAACCCUAUCGACUCUAUAAAAAAAAAGUUAGACAUCCACACAAGAGUAACCAUGGACCAGAUCAGCACUCAGGGUCUUAAAAUAACAAAGAAAAACAUGCCGCCUUUGCUACGAAAUGGUUAGACAUUCUAGUCUUCCUGGAUAAGGACAAAAACCAAUGGCUCCAUCUCCUGCAUCUUCUCAAUACAGGUUAGCAGGAUGUGUUAACCUUUUAACUCCUAGAGAAGAUUAACAUGUAACUUCUUUCUCUAAUAUCCUUACCUUAUCCAGCAAACUGUUAAUGAAUCAAACUUGACAAGUAGAAGUUGUUUUCUUCAUCUGAUACCAAAUCUUGCAACUGAUUUACAAGGAAAUGGAUGGAAGCUGGAGGGGAGAAUUAACAGUCAGAUCUUGAGAGUUAAAGAACUGCAAAAAGAAGGGAAUGUAGUUCCCAUUCUGGCCUUGUAUCCCACAAAAAAAAUUCCUAAACUGGGGGCACCUAAAGAAAUUUGUGGAAUGCCCAAUGCAGUCUGGCCAAAGCAAAGUAUUGUAAAGUGUAUCAGAACAUAUUCAUUUAUAUGGCAUAAUCUGCAUAUUAUGGAAAAUGGACUAUAGAAAUGCAUCAUUGGCUUCACCUUUGUGAAUCAUGUUUGAGAAGUUAGACUUUCCUUAGGUAUGUUUCAGCCAAAAUAAAUUUUCUAAAUAUCUGAAUCUUUCCUGCUUUGUUUACACAUUUUUGCAAGCUAUUUCAACUUUUCUUUCAAAAAAAAAAAAGGGAAGUAAUGGGAAUGACAAAAAUAUGCA